CUUUGCUCACAGCAAAAAAAAACUUCGCUUCUAUCUUCUUUUGCUAUUCAAAUCUUGUGAAUUUGCUCUCGCGGUCUCACAUACACUCAGCCAACAUGGUUUUCUCCAGCAAGAAGUUGAGCAUUGCCGCUUCUCUUUUCACCUUGGCCCUUGCCGAUCCAUGGCCAAAGCGUGGCUUAGCUGCGAACGAUGAUAUUCCCAUCUCGCAGUUUGGCGGAUCGUAUAAUGGCCAUGGUUCGCAGGUCAACUGGCAGUAUAACUGGGACAGCACAACCUCCCAGAAGCAAAGCUGGGCCGAGUUUGUACCCAUGCUGUGGGGCACGCAGAGCUACCAUACCACUCAAUGGUUCGACAAUGCUUGGUACUGGAUCAACAAUGGAGGCUCAGGGCACUUGCUGGCCUUUAAUGAGCCAGAGCUGGGUAGCCAGGCCAAUCUAAGCCCUGGCGAUGCUGCUAAUGCGUGGAGGCAAUACAUGGAACCUUUCUAUGGCCACGCGCAACUCGGUGCUCCUGCUGUCUCCAAUGACGGCUACAACUGGAUCAGCCAGUUCCUGCAAGCCUGUAGUGGCUGCCACAUCGAUUUCAUCCCCAUCCACUGGUACAACGAUUGGACACUGGAAGCAGAUUUUGAAAACUGGGUCAACAGUAUCUGCUCCCUUGGCGGUGGCCGCCAGGUCUGGAUCACAGAGUUUCAAGCACUAGGAAACGCUGACCAGGAGGCUACUUUCUUGCGAUCGGCGAUCCCGUUCCUCGAUAACAACCCUUGCGUCUACCGCUACUCUUAUUUUGGCACUGCGGACAACGGAAAGGACUUGCUCCAGAACGGUGGACCUUCCCUUUCUUCCCUGGGAAUUCAAUAUGCUUUUAGUCCUUACGGCUCGGGCAGUGUGUAAGAUUAUGACAUUGGAAAAGAUGCUGGUGUACAUAUUAUAUCUUCAGGCUCAUGAUCAUAUAAAAAAAAAAAUUGCUACUGUAUAUAUAUUACUUUAAGACAUAUAGUUAGAUGAAAACGAAGAUACUACUUGAGAUG